AAAAUGCAAGACAUUAAAAAGAAUAUUUUUUAGAAAACAGCGUUGCUCUUCUACUGUUUCCCAAAUUAUAAGUAUAGUAAUCUUUUAUCUCAACUAACCUCAAUCCAUUCAUCCCUCACUCUCACUCAUUCACUCCCUCCACUCUCUCACUCACUCACUCUGGUCACUGUCGUAGGAACCCUAGAACAAUAACCCUGGUUGCAAAGAGACAAAAACAAUCUUGGAUCUGCAAAGCCAAAGGGUCAAGUUCUUAGCUAGCCUCUCUCCAUGGAUUCAAUUCAAGAAUUUAUGGAAUCAUGUCACUCUGACAUCACCAACACCGCAACCACCAUCACCACCUCCAACAACAGCUUAGUUGGUAGCUCCAAUUCCCCUUCUGCUUCUUCCACCACCACUAGCAGCCGCUAUGAGAACCAAAAGCGCCGUGACUGGAACACCUUCGGCCAGUACCUCAAGAAUCACCGACCCCCUCUCUCCCUCUCCAGGUGCAGCGGUGCACACGUCCUUGAAUUUCUCAGGUACUUGGACCAGUUUGGGAAGACGAAAGUGCACACUCCGAUCUGUCCCUUUUAUGGGCACCCUAACCCUCCAGCUCCAUGUCCAUGCCCCCUGAGACAAGCCUGGGGUAGCCUCGAUGCCCUCAUAGGUCGUCUGAGGGCAGCUUUUGAGGAAAACGGAGGGAAACCAGAAACCAACCCUUUUGGAGCAAGAGCAGUGAGGCUCUACCUUCGUGAGGUUCGUGAACUUCAGUCCAAAGCAAGAGGAAUCAGUUAUGAGAAGAAGAAACGAAAGCGUCCACCACCACCAACACCACAACAACAACAACAACAACAACACCACCAUCAAUCAUUGCCUCUACCUCACCACCACCUGCCUCCUCCAGGUGCAACUCAAUGAAAUUCUCAUUCCAUGGAAAAGUUAACUAGGUUUUCAUGAAAGAUUUGUAGUAGAAGUCCAUGUAGAUCGACACCGCUGCUUGUAGUUUUAUCCUGUUUGCUCUGGCAGGAACAAAAAAAGAUUAAAGAUGAGGGAUAUAUGAUGAACCUGCUUUUAAAGAAGACAGUGUGGUACUGAGAGUAGACUGCUAGUGGGGGUACCCAAAAAGUGGUAGUGGGAGUGAAUGAAUAUACAAGGAGGAACCAAAUGCAACGCAUUAUUAUUCAUAAUUUUCUCUCUCUAUUUCUGUAUGUAAUUCUAUAUAUCAUCCAUAUAUUCGACUUGCAGAUUAUGUAUACAUCUCUUAUCUCAAUGCUAUAUCAUUCUCAAUUCUCAA